GCUCAGCCCUCCCUCUAGCCGGCUCUCCCUUCCUCCUUUCCCUUGCUGCAGCCGAGCCAGCCACCUCCAGUAGGCGCUCCCGAGAGCGGCUCUGCUCAGCCGCAGCGGAGCAGCCCUGGCAGCCGCUGCUAUGGAAGCCGAAGCAGGUUGCUGAAGCGGAGUUGGCCGUCUGCAGCUGCUACUGCAGAGGCGCUGCGCCAAGCGGGGCUGAAUCGUGCAAGCUGGUGCGGGCCGCUGAGCGGACUCAGGCUGAGGCAGCAGGGGCCUCCUCCGCCCAGGGCAUGCUCAGCCCUAGGGUAAGCCAGGGGCCCUGUCCAAGGCCUGAAGGGGUGAGAGGAGGUGAGGCAGCCAUGCCGGGCAGUGGCCCCAGCGAGAGGAUGACCUGGCCAGGGCCGGCCCUUCCCCCGGCCGUCCCAACCCGCCCUUUCUCCUCAGCCGCGGCACCCAUCCUACCCCUCACCAGGACCCGCAGCCUCAUGGCCAUGUCCCUGCCUGGGAGCAGAAGGCCCUCCACUGGAUCUCGCAGCCGGGGGCUGUAUGGACGAAAUGGGCUGGCCGUGUUCUCUCAAUGUUCACCAUCCUCUGACACCCAGCUCGGGCCUCCACCUCUUCUUCCUGCCUCCAGGCGUACCUCACCCCCUGUCAGCAUGCGGGAUACCUAUGGUACCUCCUCACUCAGCAGCAGCAGCAACUCUGGCUCCUAUAAGGGCAGUGACAGCAGCCCCACACCAAGGCGUUCGAUGAAGUACACCCUGUGUAGCGAUAAUCAUGGCAUCAAGCCUCCCACCCCAGAGCAGUACCUGACGCCCCUGCAGCAGAAAGAGGUCUGCAUCCGGCACCUGAGGGCUCGGCUCAAAGACACACAGGAUCGACUUCAGGACAGGGAUUCAGAGAUCGAUGACCUGAAGACUCAGCUGUCUCGUAUGCAAGAGGAUUGGAUUGAGGAAGAAUGCCACCGGGUGGAGGCCCAGCUGGCUCUCAAGGAGGCCCGUAAGGAGAUCCGGCAGCUCAAGCAGGUGAUUGACACAGUCAAGAACAACCUCAUAGACAAAGACAAGGGGCUGCAGAAGUACUUUGUUGACAUUAACAUCCAGAACAAGAAGUUGGAGACCUUGUUGCAUAGCAUGGAGGUGGCCCAGAAUGGGACCGUCAAAGAGGAUGGGGCUGGGGGGUCCUCAGGGGGCUCUCCUGCCCGAUCCCUAACCCGAAGCUCCACCUACACCAAACUGAGUGACCAGGCCCCUGGAGAUCGCAAUGCUGACCUUCAGAGUGCGUCCACGGAAGAGGUGGGGGACAGUGGCUUUGCAGCUGCUGAUGACACUCUGAGCCGGACGGAACUGUUGGAGGCAAGCAGCCUGCUCUCUUCCGGGGUGGACUGUGGCCCGGAUGAAGGCUCCCUGCAGAGUUCCUUCACCUUGGGCUCCCGACUUCCAACCAGCUCCACCUAUGAGAAGCUGCUGGGAGGCAGCGGUGGGGGUGUGGAGGCUGGCGUACAGGCCAGCUGCAUGCAAGAGCGGGCCAUCCAGACAGACUUCGUGCACUACCAGCCUGACCUGGACACUAUCCUGGAGAAAGUGAUGAAGUCACAGGCCUGUGGGCUGGCCAGCCCUGACCCUAGCCCAGCCUGGGCCCCAGCCCCAGAUGUGGAGGACGGAGGGGCUGGCAUAGAAAUGUCCUCAGGCUUCCCAGGGCCCAUGGACCUGAUACCAGCUGACCCUAAUUCAGCGGUGGUGGUGACAGUAGGAGAGGAGCCCGUGAUGGCUCCAGUGACCCAAGGGCCUUCCCCACAUGUGCCCAGUCUCAACCCAUCGGUGAGCAUCGCCUGCCCUGUGGACGAAGAGGCUGGCGAGGUAGCACCCGAGCCUAAAAGCUACUGGAGCCGCCACUUCAUUGUGGAUCUCCUGGCAGUGGUGGUGCCCGCGGUGCCAACAGUGGCCUGGCUGUGCCGGUCCCAGCGGCGCCAAGGCCAGCCCAUAUACAAUAUCAGCUCCCUGCUUCGGGGAUGCUGCACUGUGGCCUUGCACUCCAUCCGCAAGAUUAGUUGCCGUUCCGUGAGCACUUCGGGGCCUGUGGGUACUGGGGGCAGCUCCCAGCUGUGACUGGCCGCCCACCCCCGGGAACCAGGCACGUCCUGGUCUGACCACUGAUUGUAGGUCUUUCUCUUUCCCCCUCUCUCACACACACACACUCACACUCACAUGUGCACGGAGUGUCAUCAUCUUAAUUUAUUUAGCUUUUCCAAAAUAGGGAGGCCAUAGUCUGGGCAGGCCAGGAUAGCCUGGGGAUGUCUGAAGUUCUACAGGUGACUGCUACUCUGGCCUCUCUGGGGGUGCCACUUCUAUGGCAUAGGGUAAGAGGGGGAUGAGAUAGAUCUGACUUAAGCUGGGAUAUUGCCAACUUCUGUCAUUAGAAGGAAGAUUCCCAUUGAAAGAAGAGGGCAAAGGACUUCAGCUUCUGUUUUCCUUUCCAUAAUGCUUGCCUCUGUCUGCCAUCCCAACUGCUCCUGUCCAGUCGACAUUCUCCCUACGCAGUUCUGCAUUUGUUUUUUUGAGUAAGCUGGCUGGUCCUUGAUGUUCAUGGGACUACCUUCUUAGUCCUUUCUCCCUUGACCGUUAGGUCAGUAUUAUUGCUUCCAGUGGAGGAAAUGACUCGCCCAAGGUAACAUGGCAUAGGGAUUGGAAUUGCUGGAGAAUGGGAACACAUGGCUUUUAUCUCUUUGCCUUCAUAGGCAACCCAGGCUGGUUCUGGGAAUGAAUGGUGGGGGGAAAGGGAAGUAAUGACUGAAACUGCCCUGACAUUUCUGAUCACUGGGUGGGUGGGUGCAGAGCCAGGAAAAGAGGAAGGAGAGAAAUAAAUGGGGGAGGGUCAGCAGAAGGAAAUGUGGGGCCUGGCUGGCUUUCCCGGAUGCACCCCUCUUGCGUUGAUUGGUAGGUUGGCUCACUGAACCUGUUCUCAGCCUUGAGGAUGGGAGGCGGCUCCCCCAGGGCCCAGGUCACCAUGGGAACAAAUUACCGCUCCAUCUAACUAAUGUCCUGAACCCCUUUCUACCUUGCCCUAAUGCUUCUGCAAAUUAGAAUGGGCAACGUUGAGAUUGUCCUUCUGAGUAUGCAGCUGCUCCUGGGAGAUCUAGCGGACGCUUUCCAUCUCACAAGCUGUAUUGAAAGGUGCUGAGGGGUCCCCACAGGAAUUGAGAAGCCAGUGGCACCCCCAAGCCAUUCUGAAAUCAUUUUGCACUAUGUCCCCUUUGUAAUAACAAUAUUUUCUCAGGGGAGGUGGUUGGAUCAAGCUUCACCAAGAUGCCAGGCCCAUGGAGGGAGGGAGAGAGGGACUUGCCAUUAGCUGGCUCUCUUCCUUCUGGAGGUUGGCGGGGGGGGGGCGAGGUGGAAGCUUGUAUCCUAGGAUGGCCAAAUCCCAGUGUGUCUGGAUCUAAGGGAGAGGAGAGGUGGAAGAGAAGGGCCCCAACCCAUGCCUUUAUGCCUCUGGCUGAAAAUUCCUCAGUGCAGUAAGCCAGGGGUUAGGAUAAAGAAGCCAUGUUUUACCAGCCACCCCUGCACGGAGCAUGUGGAUGGAGAACUUGCUGAGGGGUAGGGUGGAGUGAGCGCAAACGUGCUCACCAGCCAGAUCCUGCUGCAUCUCCCUCACACUCAUACAUGUGUACACACAUACACUUACAAAUGCACACAUACACAUGCUCCAGGUAGGGACCAGAGUCACCAACACCUCCCUAUCUCUGAGCACCAGCUUCUUCAGUGAAGCAGCUGACACUGUUUUUCUUUUAAAAACAACCCACUCGUGUUCAGUCUCAUAAUUGAUUUUGUCUCCCAGCCCAGAACGCUUGGAACACCUCUGAGGGGUUAGGAAAGGUCCCCUUGAUGCUCUAUCCUAUAGGCCUGUAAUUUUCUUUUUUAAGACCUGAAGCCUAGUCUUUGAGGACUAGGUCCCUGCACACGGCUUGGGCUGUUCGGCAGCUUGAAUCUGUUCACCACCUUUGCUUGAAAUGGCUUCUCACGUGCCCGUCCAUGCUCUGUCUCCUCAGACUGGAAAGCUUCCUUCCGCAUGUGCAGGGGGAUCGGUCCCACUCUCCCCCAGCUUAGCUGUGUGCCUCCCCAAUCCACAGAGGCAGGCGGGCAUUUCUACCCAUCGAUCCUUUCUAGUGGACCCCCUCUGCAGAGGCCCAAACCUGAGGGUUAGCAUCUGGGUCAAGAUUACCUGGGAAGUGGCGGGGAGGGAGGCCUCCCUUUGCACACUGGAAUGGGAUGUGUCUGCAAUCUGGUGAUGAGGGGCCUGUUGAAACCUGAUCUCAAGUGCAAAGGCCACUGGUUCUAGGAUCUAAGCCUCAUGUGCAAUGUAUUUGUGGAUCUGUGUAAGCAUCUCAUUAGACUAUCCAAAGCUUUGCUGAGAAAAUAAAUGUAUGAUUAUAUUUGAAAAGAGAAAAUCGAUAUAUUUUUCAAAACCAGAACUUCACUGAGCUAUAGGGGCUCAGCUACUGUCUCUUGCUGUCCUGUAACUCCUUGAUCCCAUCCACAGGCUGUUGUAAAUGAUAAGGGUCCAACCUGAUCUUUUGCUGCCAAAUCAACCCUAUUCCUUCCUCGCUAUAGGACUCUGACCUAGGAAGGCCCCAGCCUCUGGUGUUACCUUUGCAUGGAUGUGCCCUGCAUCUGGGGAUGUACUUGCUCUUAGCCACCACAGAGAGAGCCCUGUGGAUGUAACAGCUUGGGCAAAUUCAGAUUUGUGGGAACUCUGUGAAAGCCCAUGGAGAUUCCUAUCCCCUGAGAUGUGUCUUUUCAGUGGAAAUUCCACAGGAAAGCUUUGAUGUUUUUGGUCAAGACGUUUUUUUAGGGGAAUCUCCCUGAUCCUGAGGGAUCUGUGUGCCAUGUGAUGGCGACCAAGGUUGGUGUCACCAUGUGCAUUGCAGGCAGGUUGCAAGGUGACAAAGAAGGUGGGUAGCCCCUUUACAAUCAACAUUUAUGCUGGGCAUCAGAAUGGGACUGAAUUUUAUGCCUAUAAAACCAGAAGCUGCUGACCCAAUCUCCCUGUCCCUAGUCUGGGAUCAUCUCAGCUCCCCAGAGAGGUAGCUGGGGGACCCAGGCACUUCCCACAGAACUAAGGGAUGAUAAUUGACUGAAUCUGUCAGGGUCAGUGGGACCCUUUGCUAGCUCAUCAGGAGGCAGGGACCCCCCCAUCCCCUAAAAUGCACACACUUGCUUGUUUGUUGUGUGCCUAUGUGUUUGUGAAGUGUAACCUAAGACUAUGCAAUGAGUUCAGUGCUGUCUGCCCUGGGGUGGGAAUAGGGCAAAGAGAGUUUCCUCAUCCAUGAAGUCACCUGCUCAGGGCUCAAGGCAGGUGGAUCAGUGAUUGUUGCAGACCCCAGGCAUCAUCUGGAGCCCUCUGUUCUGACUAUGCAAGGGGCACUGAGGGGCCUGGAAGGUGGUGCUCCACUUUCCAGGGGGAUGGGAAGAUUGGGGCUCAAAUGGCUCCAUGCCCUGCCUCCACCCCAGAAACUGUUGGUUUGUAUUAAGCUCCCUUCCCACCCUUUUACUUCCCAUGCCAUAAGCUUUUAAGUGUCAUUCUGGGUUGAGCCCUGGAAGUUUGAGAGGCUCCAGGCCUGCUGAGAGACUUAAAAGAAGGCUCACCCCAGCUUAGACAGAGAGCAGAGUAAUACCCCUCAGCCCCACCCUACUCCAUAACUCAGGAUCUUCUCUCCCACCCCCACCCCCAAACCUCUUCUAGCAGCCCUUGGCUCCCCAGUUAGCUGCCUGCAGUGGGCAGUCUGUCUCAGGAGCUGAGCCUGGCUGUAGCAGGAGCAACCCCAGCUCCCCCAUGAUCAGAAUCCAGCUCUAGGCUGCUGUCCUGGGUCUCAUCUUUGCUAUUACCCAAACCCGGUAAGUUAGAGCCUCCUGCCAUCUUGACCUGCAUCUGUGGUUGCUUGUUUUGCUUACAAAGAUCUUGGGGCCUCAAAAGUGGAAUUUAAGACAAUGGCUCCUAAGGGGAUAACUUAGCUCUUCACUAGAAUGCUCUUGCCUCCCGACUGCAUACCCUGGCAUCUCAUCAUAUUGGUCAGAGGGUGUGGAUUGGCUUUCUCUGCAACAACUCCCUGGCUCCCUUUUCAUCUGCCUACCCAGGGAAGGAAAUCAGAGCUGUGGGAGACAAGAAUUCCUGGAAGGUAAACCAAGGGUGUGUCUAAGUACAAGGGCUAUACCAGUGUGUGUGUGUGGGGGGGAAGUGGGAAAUUUUUUUUGGAGGGGAAGAUGGUUGUUGAUAGGAAGCAAGGUGGUCAGUAUGAGGCCUCUCCUGUCUCAUCUCCUUUAUCUCUGGUCUUUCAUUCAUGUGGUUGGAACUGCAGCUGAACCAAGCAGUUCUGUAUUAAAGCAUGAAAGCCACA